UCGAGGCACACAGGCAGGCACUCCUCUCCAGAAGGCUGAGUGAGAGAAAUGCUCAGUCAACUGACAGUCACAGCCCAGCUAGACAGCCAGGAAGACAGGGCCUUCUCUCACAUCACUAACAGACACUAGCACUAGCAGCGGGGCCUCUGAAGCCAACUCCCCCCCUUCAGGAAAUGACUGCUCCUGGACACAGACUGAUCCUCAGCCUCUCUAGCCAGCUGUAAGGAGCAGCGAAUGGACAGAACCACUGGCAUAUCCUCCUGCUAUCCUCUCCACACUCCCACCACGAGCUGCUCCAUACCCCCAGAAGAGGAUUCAUGCUGUGUUGACAUAGGUUAUAGGUGGUUGGUCGUGUUUGAGCUGCUGUUGGUUGGUUUCUCUGUGUGGUGGUGAGUUGAGGUGUGUUUAGUGCCAUGAUGAUGCUGCGUCUUGUUGUGACGAGCUUGGUGUGUUUACUACUGGGCUCCGGAUGGGCCCAGGCCCAGGCUCAGGCCCAGGCUGUGGGGCAGGAUGGCGCUGCCACCCCCUGGAGACAAACAAUCCAGUGGGAGAACAACGGCCGGAGGUUCAGCCUCCUCAACAGUGGAGCUGAGUACGUCCCCGCAGGAGCACAGGACCAGGAGAGAAGUCACAGAGUGGUGGUGGCUGACUCUCGCCCCCGAACCCCCCGCAGACCACAGGGAGGUAACGUACGCAGGCAGGCCCCCUCCAGGGGAGGCUCGGAGACCGUGAGAGGACAGGCCAGACAUCCAUUUGGCUUCGGACAGGUGCCCGACAACUGGCGCCAGGGCUCAGUGGGGACAGGCUCCACCAACCCCCGCUUCAGGCCAUCCACUGGGUCCUCUUCAUCAUCCUCAUCAUCCUUCUCAUCUUCCUACAACGUCCCUGUCCAACCCUACCCACAAUACCCCUUCCCUCAGCAGCCCUACCCUCUGCCCUAUGAUCCCAGUGUGGUGGAGGGAGCAGGUCGGGGCUACGCAGAGCCACCCUUCCAGAGGUCCACAGGUGGAGGCUAUGGUGCUGGUGGUGGAGGAUAUGUUGGUGUUGGUGGAGGAUACACUGGAGUCGGGUAUGGAACUGGUGCUGGUCUGGCACCUGUGGUUCCACGCUCCCCGCAGGACUAUGGUGAGGAUGGCUACCGUUACUACCAGUCCUAUGGCUACGGGACCAACCCUGUCGUGCCUGCCGUGCCUGCCGUGCCAGCACGGGCUGCCCAGCCUCCCUUCUCAGAUGGCCUGGACCGCAGAUACACACACAGCCUCUACAAUGGAGGAGAGGAUCCUGCUGCUGCCGCUGCCGGCACAGUGCCCGCUGCCCCGGACAGGACAGUGGCUGGCGCUCAGCCUCCAGUACGAAGCCCCCAGUACGAGCAGUUCCCCCCGUUCGGUAGGCCCCAGGUGCAGCAACAGCCUCCCUUCCUCCAACCUGUGGUGCCAGGAAGAAACCCCAACACGGCCGUGGAGAACCCCAGCGUCAACGUCGGGAGUGUCUACCGGCCGGAACAGAGAGGUUUGCCAGACCUGGUUCCUGAUCCCAACUAUGUGCAGGCCUCCACGUAUAUCCAGAGGGCUCACAUGUACUCUCUCCGCUGUGCUGCCGAGGAGAAAUGCUUGGCAAG